GUUCGUUGCUUGCGAAACACGGGGGAAAAGAUUUCCAAUAUAUAAGUUUGCAAUCUUGGCUGAUCGAUCCAACUCUCUCCAAUCGCUCGCUCGUUUCUUCUUCUUCUUCCUCUUCCAUCUCCGAGAAGAUCUUUCCAUAUCAUCAAUGCUCCUCCUCCUUUGACUCGAUCGAUCAGCCCGAUCGAUCAAAAGCAUCUCUUGUUCUGUGCCAGAAGAUCGAUCAUGGGAAAGAAGAAUGCUCGAUCGCUCACUUGCAUUGCCUCGCUCGCCUGCAUUUUCAUCUCUCUCUCGGGACGAAGUGCGUCGGCGGCAGCGUUUGACUAUGGCGAGGCUCUGAGCAAAAGCAUUCUUUUCUACGAGGCGCAGCGAUCCGGGAGGCUCCCCGAUCACCAGCGAGUGACAUGGAGAUCUCACUCGGGCCUGGAAGAUGGAAAAGCCUCGGGGGUUGAUCUCUCGGGAGGCUACUACGAUGCCGGCGACAACGUCAAGUUUGGACUCCCCAUGGCCUUCACGAUCACGAUGCUCUCGUGGAGCGUGGUCGAGUAUCGCGAUCAAAUCGCCAAGAGCGGCGAGCUGGGCAACACGCUGGGCGCGAUCAAGUGGGGCACCGAUUACUUCCUCAAAUCCCACACCGAGCCCAAUGUGCUAUGGGGCCAGGUUGGAGAGGGUCAAUCGGAUCACGCGUGCUGGCAAAGGCCCGAGGACAUGACCACGUCCCGCCAGGCCUACCGUUUGGAUCCAAGCAGGCCUGGCUCCGAUCUAGCGGGAGAGACCGCGGCCGCCAUGGCUGCCGCCUCCAUGGCUUUCAGGGGAUCGCAAGCUUCCUAUUCCAAUCUCCUCUUAACUCAUGCUAAGCAGCUCUUCAACUUCGCGGAUACGUAUAGAGGGAAAUACGAUAGCAGCAUUCCAGUGGCUCAAAAGUUCUACUCUUCCAGGAGUGGCUAUGCUGAUGAGCUUCUGUGGGCCGCGAUCUGGCUGCACAGAGCUACUGGCGAGCAAAAAUACCUCGACUACGUAGCGAAAAAUGCCGCUGUUCUUGGAGGGACUGGCUGGAGCAUCACGGAGUUUAGCUGGGAUAUAAAGUACGCUGGAGUUCAAGUGCUAGCUUCCAAGGUGCUCUUGGAUGGAAAGGCCGGGUCUUACAAAAGCGUCCUCGAGCAGUAUCAAUCCAAGGCCGAAUAUUUCCUCUGCGCUUGCCUCCAGCAAAACUCUGGCGCGCAAGUCCAAAGAACUCCAGGUGGCUUGAUGUUCAUCAGGCAAUGGAAUAACAUGCAAUACGUUACCUCUGCCUCGUUCCUCCUCACCGUCUACUCGGAUUAUCUCACUUCAACCGGGAAUACUCUCCGCUGCAAUGGGAGAGCUGUGAAUCCAUCACAGCUGCUCAACUUAGCUCGAUCUCAGGUGGAUUACAUUCUGGGUGACAAUCCCCGAGCAACGAGCUACUUGGUGGGCUUUGGAUUCAACUAUCCCCGGCAAGUUCACCACCGCGCUGCAUCCAUCGUUUCCAUCAAGCAAAACCCGAGCUUCGUGGGUUGCAAGGAAGGAUACAGUACGUGGUACACGAGAAGGCAAAGCGAUCCAAACCUGCUCGUCGGAGCUCUCGUCGGCGGCCCCGAUGUGUCGGACAACUUUGCGGACGAGCGAAACAACUGGGAGCAAACAGAGCCAACUACGUACAACAAUGGGCCGCUGGUUGGAUUGCUCGCGAGGCUCCACAACGGUGGAAGCACAAGGAAAAACGAUCAAAAUCUCGUCUCACUUUCGAAGGCAGCGUCUCCUCUUCCAUCGCCAUCGUCGCGAAAACAGCCGGGUGAUGGUAUCUCUAUCGAUCAGAACGUGACAAUGUCGUGGGACUAUCGAGGCCAGAGAUUCUACCGCUAUGGAGUUACUGUAAGCAACAGAUCCAAGCAAACUCUGGAGAAGCUCGUGCUCAAGAUCCACAAGCUCAGUGGAUCUUUCUGGGGGCUCACAAAGUUGUCAGCGAGCGAUCACGCUUACACAUUCCCGAGCUGGAUCAGAUCUUUGCCCCCUCGCAGCAGCUUUACCUUCGUCUAUGUCCAGCCGGCUCCACUCGCGGAGAUCUCCGUGCAAAGUUUUGCUCGAGCUUCUUGACGGGAGGAAAGUUUGUUUUUUUUUUGUUUUGUUUUUGGUGCUUGGUUUUCUUCCUUGGCUCACAAGGGAUUGUGCUUGAAGCAACCCUGGGGCUUUCAUGCGUUCUUUUUUGCCCUUUCAAGUCAAAAGUGUUAUGCAUCAAUCAAAUGAUACGUAAAUCUUUACA